CGCAGUUGGGAAUCAUCACGUAUAAUCACGGCUUCCCGGCAUCACGGGUGUCCGGCACAGCACCACCGCCCACAGUCCGCCCACAGCAAGCCUCUCUAACCACUCUCUCCAAUAUACAACACGGCUACGCCAUACCCCCGAUUUUUAGAGCUCCCCUAAUUACAUCGAAGAACAAUGCGGCGCUUCGUGCUCUUUGCUCACUGGGUAUUAUAGCUUAAUAGCUACGGCACAACCCGUGAAUUGAUUUCCUUUCCUUGUCAUCUUUCUUUCUUUCUUUCGCGACGACGUGAUCCGGUCUUUGUCUCAUGAAUCCUACGGCCCUCAAUUGCUUACCGAGUCUAAAACUAAGUACCUAGCACUAUAUCUGUCUGUUCAAACAAGCUUAUUUCCCGCCAUCCUAUCAUUCGCCCGUACGUUACCCACUCGAGCUUGUGUCGAGUGCUCGGUGUCGAGUAUCGCAUCGCCUACGAGACAUAACCCAGCAAAACUAACGCCCACGCUCGACUGCGGGCCGGCUUGGCUUCCAUCAUCCAUCACCACCACCAGACCUUGUCGCAUCUUGGCCGCAACAAUCCUCCCGAAACCGGCGAUACCAGACCAUCAAAGCACAGUCUCCGUCUCCCUUGCGUGCCUUGCCCGCCCUCCCCUCAUUACACGCCCCGCCGUGGCCGGUCGCGCGGCCGACACAUACACAUCUGCCGCCAAUGUCAGCUAUCAAUGGGGCCAUCAACCCCGACAAUGGACACCCGACCGCCGACGGUCCUGCCCCGCCAGAUCAUGGCCAAGCCCCCCAGCAGAAAGGUCUCUUGGCGCGUCGUCCGACGAUGAAGAGUAAAUACAAGGAUCAGAAGCAGAAGGUGAAGGAUAUGACCAAGCCUGCUGGUGGUUUUGACUCGACGCCUAUUCCAGAUGCACCGCCUGGGUAUACCGUUAAAUUCACCUUCCAUCGCGCAGAGAACCUCCCGACUGGUGAUAUCAGUACUGGCGCCUCGGAUCCUUUUCUUACAGCCACCCUUACUACCUCGCUCCCCAAGCGUCAUAAAGAAGAUCCUGAUCUCGUCUUUCGCACACGUACUAUUCGUAGAUGUCUAGAACCGCAAUGGGACGAAGAGUGGAUUGUCGCAAAUAUUCCAGCCUCCGGUUUCAGACUAAAAUGUCGUUUGUAUGAUGAAGACUGGCCUGAUCAUAAUGACCGUUUGGGAAAUGUCACCAUCCACGUUUACAAUAUCAGCGAAUCUUGGGAAGGCUUUGCGCCACCGGGAAGAGUCUUCCCUGUCAAAAAGCGAAUGGGCAGCAAGCGAGCAUACCUUCUCAAGGCCGCUACCACCGCCAUCCAUAAGGAUGCUUCGAUGACCCCUAGGCUGUAUAUCAGCGCCAUGGUACUCGGAAAGUCAGAUCCUCCAUAUGGUCGUGCUUAUACCGUUGGCCCUACGUACUACUUUCAGCACUUUUCGCCUAUGAUAGGGCGUAUGACUGGCAUCAAGGUCAACAAAGAUGAGGCUGCCGACUCACAAGGACACGACGCCGAUCCAACCGAAGAUGCAACCUCGGAGAAGAAGACACAGAAAUAUGACUUUCAGGCGAAUGAAAUCCAGUUGGAGGGUCCCGUACCCCCAGCACUCUAUCAUCGAUUUGUUGAGUUCAGACCUGUUAUUGGCCUCCUUUUCCGUAACACCGGUCUUCGUGGCCAUAUCCUCAAUAAGGCUUUACAUCACCAACACGAACGUAUUUAUAAUUUCGACAAGUCGACAGAGUGGGGCACAUUCAAGCCUUGUUCAGAAGAAGCCAGCCUUCAGUUCCUGAAAUUAGCGCAUUUUGAUGAAGGCGCGCGUGUGUUCACAUAUAUCAUAACUUUAGAUGGCCUGAUGCGUUUUACUGAGACCGGCAAAGAGUUUGGAAUCGAUCUACUAAGCAAACACACUAUGCACAGUGAUGCUCAGAUCUAUAUCGCCUGCUCAGGGGAGUUUCUCAUCAGGAGAGUGAAGAAACAUAAAUUGUCCGAUGAUGCUAACCCUAGCCAAUCAAGCCGUCCUUCAACCCAAGAGGGUUGUGACGGCCCAUGCAGAGAUCCUUCUGCCGCGAAGCCGCAGGAUUAUGAGCUCAUCAUCGACAACGACAGCGGCACAUACCGACCGGACAAGAAAGUCUUACCGGACCUUCGUGAAUUCCUGGAGCACAACUUCCCAGGGUUGAAGAUCGUCGUCCUAGCCUGCGACGACCCAGAAGACCAAAAGAUUAAAGAGAAUCAGCGAAAAUUGAAGAAAAAAGAGGGGCGGAACAUUCGGAUGAUCCUCAACCGCAGCCCGAGCGACACCUCCAUUAGCUCCAGCGACGUAAGCGAACUGGACGAAAUGGAGCACGCCGGCGACGCAGGGCGGAAGAGUAAGAAGGAACGCGCCUGGGAGCUGUUGGAGGAGCCGAAACGGAUUAAGGAGGCGUGGAAUCCUCAGGCGUCUAAUGCGGGCCCAUCAUCCUCCUCGCAACCCAAUGGGGUGCAGGUGGACGGUAUCACGAAGUAAUGACUUGAUUUGAUCUCCUACAUCCUCUUGUGUCCUACCUGAAACGGACGUCCUAUUGAGCCAGGUGGUGUUGAGCUUUCUUCUUCUUCUCGGCGUUUCAGGGUAUACCAGACUUUUUGCGGUUCAAUGUGGUACCGGUAAAGCCAAGUCCCAGAUUGAAUGGGUGCGCUUCGUAGCUUUAUGAUAAUGUAUGUUGAUUAAUU